UCGCCUUCGCAGUGCCCGGCGCCGCGUACCGCCACCACCUGCCCGUCUUCCACAAACUCUUCGGCUUCCGCGAGGACGCCUUCGAGUCGAAGGCGCAGUUCGUCAAGCACUUCCUGAACGGCGCCGUCCCGCGCGCCACCGACAAGUACGCUGUCCGGCUGCAGAAAAAAAUCGACGGCAAGCGCGUGA